GGUGCGCAGUGAGGGCUUGGCGAGGCGGCGGCGGGCUGAUGGAGCUGGAGGAGGGCAGUCCCGAGGCGAAGAGGCGGCGGCUGCAGUGCGACGAGUUCGCCGCCGUGGCGAGCUGCGACGCCGCCGUGGCGCAGUGCUACCUGGCCGAGAACGACUGGGAGAUGGAAAGGGCGCUGGACUCCUACUUCGAGCGGCCGGUGGAGGAGAGCGUCUUGGAAAGCCGCCCCUCGGAGCCCGGGACCUGUGUUGACCUCACCAGUGAAGAAACAAGUGAUUCCAUUAGUUCUAAAACCAGCCCAAGUGAAAAUACUCAGCAGGAAGAUGGCAGCAUGUUCUCGUGCAUCACCUGGAAUAUCGAUGGGUUGGAUCUGAACCACCUGCAGGAGAGGGCCCGAGGAGUGUGUUCCUACAUAGCUUUGUACAGCCCUGAUGUGGUGUUUCUACAGGAAGUUAUUCCUCCAUAUUGUAGCUACAUAAAGAAACGAGCAAGUAGUUAUGAGAUUAUUACAGGUCAUGAAGAAGGAUAUUUCACAGCUAUAAUGUUGAAGAAGUCCAGAGUGAAAUUAAAAAGCCAAGAGAUUAUUCCUUUUCCAAACACCAAAAUGAUGAGGAAUCUAUUGUGUGUGCAUGCGAGUGUGUCUGGGAAUGAACUUUACCUUAUGACGUCCCAUUUGGAGAGCACCAGAGGCCACGCCACGGAACGAAUGAAUCAGUUAAAAAUGGUCCUAGAGAAAAUCCAAGAGGCUCCAGAAUCAGCUACAGUUAUAUUUGCAGGAGAUACAAAUUUAAGGGAUCAAGAAGUUGCCAAAUGUGGUGGUUUACCCAGCAACAUUCUGGAUGUGUGGGAGUUUUUGGGCAAACCUAAGCAUUGCCAGUAUACAUGGGAUACCCAGAUGAACUCUAAUCUCGGCAUAUCUGCCACUUGCAAGCUCCGUUUUGAUAGAAUAUUUUUCAGAGCAGCAGCAGAAGAGGGCCACAUUAUUCCCCGAAGUUUGGACCUCCUUGGGCUGGAAAAACUGGACUGUGGUAGAUUUCCUAGUGAUCACUGGGGCCUUCUAUGCAACCUGGAUGUCAUAUUGUGAAAGGCUUUUCAAAUACAAGUUUUAAAUAUUCUGAGCAAUUUUGUUCAAGAUUUUUGCAAAUCUAAUUUCCAUCAGGUAAGUUUAACAUGGAGAAAUUAAGAUACUGGAUCAUUGUUACAGGAAAAAAAAGCUGUGACUUAUUCUUGUGGAUUGUUUGUUCAGAAUUGAGGCUUAACUAUUUACUUACUGAGGCAUGCCUGUGUUCAGAACAUGAGGCAUUUAAAUGAGAGGGCACAAAGCCUGUUGGAGCUUCUAACAGCGCCUAGAGCUGCUAACUGAAUUCCAAGCAAGGCCACCUUGUCUCAGGGCCAGCCUUUGUAGGAUUUAUUUUCCCUCAAUCAGGCACCAAAAUACUAAUAUUUUGAAUAUGUCUUAAAGAAGAGGUUACUGAAUCCUUGGGACUGGAUCUGUUCAUUAUAUUUCACAAAUUGAGAUCCCCUGAAAUGUAAACAACACCGGCAUCUGACAGCUAUCCUAUAUCAAACUCCGUCAGCUGACAGUACUUAAUUUGUACACUGUAUGUUAGGCCUUAUGAUCUAAAAUCCCAAAGCUCUUUCUAAUUCAUGUUUGUAAUUAUGUUGCCCCCAGAGGCAAAGUUAGACUUUGAUAAUUAAAAUCAGUUUCAUGUUCCCACAAGACAUUAUUUUUUUUUCCUAAGAGAAAAAUAAAUGUGUACAGAGAAACAGGCUUUUGGGUUUUGCUACUUGUAAAAUGGAGAUGUUUUACAGAGUGAAUAAAGAGUAUUUUUAAAUGUGCUUUAACGAAAAAAUUCCCCACAGAAGAAAUGUCCUGUAAAUAAAGAGUUUUAUAGUUUGCUGCUGUCUUUGUGUCCAUGAUGGGAUUACAUUUUUUGCUAGCUCCACUGCCACUACUUCCCCUUUGUGGGGAAGAAAGCAGCUUUCCAUGUUGUUACCGCACCACGAAUAUCAAGAAUUCAUCUGCUUUCUUAGUAUUAAAAGAAAACUCAGCUGGACUCAUUCAGAUGAGAAAUGAUAGAACCUUAUUUUCAUCAGGCGUGCCAAAAUUAAAACACCUCAAAAAGUUUGAAUGUGUACAUAAUUUUCCCUUUGUAGUGACAAUGGACAAGUUUUAUGUUUAUUGUAAUUUUAAUCAUUAAACAAUAAAACAACUGAUGGUAAUUUUUAGUUGCAGGCCUUAUCAAGGUAAUUUCUGUAGGAAAGGGUGGUUCUGGCAUAAAUUGUUUAUUUACUUAAAAGAAUGAAAUUGAAGAACUGUAUCUCACACCACUACAGAAAACCCCCGAGAUCAGUAAAAGUGAUAUGCAGAUUGGUGUAUUCUAUUAAAUAAAGGA